AUGAAACCAUCAUCAUCAUCAUCAUCAUCAUCAUCAUCAUCAUCAUCAUCAUCAUCAUCAUCAUCAUCAUCAUCAUCAUCAUCAUCAUCAUCAUCAUCAUCAUCAUCAUCAUCAUCAUCAUCAUCAUCAUCAUCAUCAUCAUCAUCAUCAUCAUCAUCAUCAUCAUCAUCAUCAUCAUCAUCAUCAUCAUCAUCAUCAUCAUCAUCAUCAUCAUCAUCAUCAUCAUCAUCAUCAUCAUCAUCAUCAUCAUCAUCAUCAUCAUCAUCAUCAUCAUCAUCAUCAUCAUCAUCAUCAUCAUCAUCAUCAUCAUCAUCAUCAUCAUCAUCAUCAUCAUCAUCAUCAUCAUCAUCAUCAUCAUCAUCAUCAUCAUCAUCAUCAUCAUCAUCAUCAUCAUCAUCAUCAUCAUCAUCAUCAUCAUCAUCAUCAUCAUCAUCAUCAUCAUCAUCAUCAUCAUCAUCAUCAUCAUCAUCAUCAUCAUCAUCAUCAUCAUCAUCAUCAUCAUCAUCAUCAUCAUCAUCAUCAUCAUCAUCAUCAUCAUCAUCAUCAUCAUCAUCAUCAUCAUCAUCAUCAUCAUCAUCAUCAUCAUCAUCAUCAUCAUCAUCAUCAUCAUCAUCAUCAUCAUCAUCAUCAUCAUCAUCAUCAUCAUCAUCAUCAUCAUCAUCAUCAUCAUCAUCAUCAUCAUCAUCAUCAUCAUCAUCAUCAUCAUCAUCAUCAUCAUCAUCAUCAUCAUCAUCAUCAUCAUCAUCAUCAUCAUCAUCAUCAUCAUCAUCAUCAUCAUCAUCAUCAUCAUCAUCAUCAUCAUCAUCAUCAUCAUCAUCAUCAUCAUCAUCAUCAUCAUCAUCAUCAUCAUCAUCAUCAUCAUCAUCAUCAUCAUCAUCAUCAUCAUCAUCAUCAUCAUCAUCAUCAUCAUCAUCAUCAUCAUCAUCAUCAUCAUCAUCAUCAUCAUCAUCAUCAUCAUCAUCAUCAUCAUCAUCAUCAUCAUCAUCAUCAUCAUCAUCAUCAUCAUCAUCAUCAUCAUCAUCAUCAUCAUCAUCAUCAUCAUCAUCAUCAUCAUCAUCAUCAUCAUCAUCAUCAUCAUCAUCAUCAUCAUCAUCAUCAUCAUCAUCAUCAUCAUCAUCAUCAUCAUCAUCAUCAUCAUCAUCAUCAUCAUCAUCAUCAUCAUCAUCAUCAUCAUCAUCAUCAUCAUCAUCAUCAUCAUCAUCAUCAUCAUCAUCAUCAUCAUCAUCAUCAUCAUCAUCAUCAUCAUCAUCAUCAUCAUCAUCAUCAUCAUCAUCAUCAUCAUCAUCAUCAUCAUCAUCAUCAUCAUCAUCAUCAUCAUCAUCAUCAUCAUCAUCAUCAUCAUCAUCAUCAUCAUCAUCAUCAUCAUCAUCAUCAUCAUCAUCAUCAUCAUCAUCAUCAUCAUCAUCAUCAUCAUCAUCAUCAUCAUCAUCAUCAUCAUCAUCAUCAUCAUCAUCAUCAUCAUCAUCAUCAUCAUCAUCAUCAUCAUCAUCAUCAUCAUCAUCAUCAUCAUCAUCAUCAUCAUCAUUCUGUCUCAACUUUUUUUUAGAUAUUAUGGCGAAAUGGCUAUUCAGUAAUUUAAGAUUUUUCAUGGUUGUCUAG